AAAGUGCUGCCAUCUGCCCACACAAUCUCUAACUGAAUGGCUUACUGCAGAAACGAAGAAUUCACGUUUUAAUGGCGGAAAUGCAGAUUAAUGUAAAAUGUCACGCAAACCAUGUUUCGUUUUUAAUUGUAAAUCUUCUUAUAACAAAGAAAAUGAAAGUCUUGCGUUUUUCCAUCCACCGAAGUUGUGUCUAAAUUCCUGGCAGGAAAUUAUUAAAAAGCCAGGACUCACUUGCCAGUCCAGAAUUUGCAGUAUUCAUUUUGAAGAGAACGACAUACUCAAAGGGAGAGAAAUUCAAGGCGUGUUUUACAGUUAUCCGAAAUGGAAAUUAAAAUCAGGUGCUCGGCCCAGUAAAUUGCUAGGAAAUGAUGUCAGCGUACUCGAAAGACCUGCUGCAAAGAAGUAUGUUCACAGUGAUAGGUUUAAGUCACCAUAUCGAAAUAUAACAGCAAAGUCUAAAGCUGCUAAUCCUAAGCUGCAGUUGGACAAUCAAUCAUUUUUGUCGAAUAACAACACCAAUGUAUUGAUCCCAUCACAUGCAAAGAAGUCAACGUCAAAUAGCAUAGCUAUACACCAACUUGACGCUGAAAAAGGAAAAGUAAAUGAUAUGGAAGCAGCUGAACCUGUGGCAUUACCAUGUGUAACAACAGAAGACAUGUUCCAGGAACCUACUACUGAAACACUCCUACACAUUCCACCUGAAAAAGAACUACAAUCUGAAUCUGAAUCUCAAUUGAGAGUAGAAUUUGAAACAGAAAAAGAAACAGUUGUUUGUGAGGAGGCUGAUUUGCCAGACGAUUUCACUGCAAAGCAGUACACAGCUUUUCGCAAUAGAGGAGGACUAAUUUUUGUUACAAUCCCAGUCUUUCAAUCAAUACGGGAAGUGGAAAAGAUUAUUUCGUCUCAAUUUGAAGAUGACGGUCAUUAUUUAGUGAGAGAUAGUUACGAAAUUUGUAUGUCAAAAAUCAAAGUACUCAAUCUUUGUCCUUUUUUUGUGACACACACCGUGCUGACUCGUAUCCUUAUUUAAUAAUGGAAUUCGUACAAGUUAGAUAUCAUUUUGAAUCAAAGCGUUUUCAAGAACGUAAUUUGGCAGAAGUUGAUAGUAACGUGCGACAAAAUUUCAAGAUGGCAAAACUUGCUUAACUUUUUUUUUUCUAAAUGUAAAUUGUAUGUAUGUUAAUACACAUUACAAGUUAUAAAUUGAA